AUGGUUGAACUAGAAGUACAGAUUCCCACUGCUUUCGACCCGUUCGCUGACGCCAAAGACUCGGAUGCCCAAGGAGCAAAAGGGUAUGUGCAUAUCCGUAUUCAGCAAAGGAACAAGAAGAAGUGCCUGACUACGGUGCAGGGUCUCAAGGAGAACUUCACCUACGAGAAGAUACUCAAGGACAUCAAGAAGCAGUUCUGCUGCAACGGUAAUGUCGUGCAGGACAAGGUUAUGGGCAAGAUAAUCCAACUCCAAGGCGAUCAGCGCAAGAACGUUUCCCAGUUUCUUGUUCAGGCUGGAAUUGUGCAGAAGGAGCAGAUCAAGAUACAUGGUUUUUAAGGAUUUGGUUCGGUAAUAAGAUAAUAAGAUAAUUCUAGAAGUUUUUUUUUUUUUUUUAAUGAUAUUUGAGUGCUUGUGGGCUUGUAAGCUAAUAAGAUAAUUAUCAUUGGUGAAGCUUUUUAAGCUUCACAUAUUUUGGUUUGUUUUCCCGCUUAGAUGACUAUGUUUCUCGUUCGAUUUCAUGUUUUCUUCAAUGGGAAUUUCGGUGUAUUAUGAUGAA